AUGGUCGCAACCAUAUACACCGCCCGUUUCCACGAAGACUUCCCUCGCUUCCAGCGGGAGUACGGAGACCUCACCGACAAGGACCUGCAGGCGUCCGCUAGCAAUUGCAAAGCUGCCCAUCUUCCCUAUCUACGGCUUGUCGUCCGCAACCAGAGUAACGACCCCGAGAUCCUACCAAUCUUCGCCAACGAUCAUGCCGCCGCAUGUCCCCGCUGCCAUCCAGCUCACUCGCCUCAGCACCUUCACCAGGAUAGACUUGACUACGUCAUGCAGCACAUCAGUAUGAAAAGCCUUCUUCGAAAGUCCCGUACUGAGCUCGACGACAUGCCCUGUGCCGAAUUCUGGACCACCCUGGCCGAGUGCAUUCGUCCAGGCCACCCACCACUCACCAAGUCCUACACCUUCCGUCCCCAGAACUCCUCCAAGCUUUCGCAAUACUACGUCAACACCUUAACCGCCAUUCAAACAGACUCCUCUUCCCCACCAAUGCCACCCUCCUCCUCUGAAUACUCGGCCGACUACGAACUUGAUGAAGACGCGUUUAUCAAUCUUUGCAACGUUCCGGAAUCCCUCACCAACCACCUGGCCUAUAUGACCGAUCGCUAUGCUCUCUACUGCCUCCAACAGCAGGACCCCGACGCCGAAAUACGCGCACGGCUGAACUCAGUACGCUACACCGCACGAAUUGGCCCCGCAACUAUCACAAGUUGGGACGACGGAGGUCUCGCCCGCUACGAAAGGCAACCCGACGGCUGGUUCAUCGCAAACCCCUCCAUCGCCAUCCGUGAAUCCAAAAUAGCCUCUACGAGUGUUGCAUACGACCCAACCACCGCCGACAUCAACCCUGUCAUUACAAAUGAAACUCUGGCCCAGUAUCUUGUGGAGGCUGUAACCGCCAUGCGCGCCAACCCUCCCUAUAUGCAAACCCAGUACAGUCUUCCCGCCCUUCCCCGUCAACCUGACCCCCUAACUCGACCCUCAGCAUCAUUCUAG